CUCGCAAUGAACGAUUGCCUGUGAAUAUAUAGGAUUAUUAUGCUCGCAUAGAUAUGCUUGCAGUAUUUUAUAAAGGCAACGUAUGUGCAUCGAAAAUAGUAACAAUAGUAAAACCAAUUCAGUUGAAGUGAUUAAAAGUUAUAUAUGUAUUAAGCUUUGGUAAAAUAAGUACAAUCGAAUGGUUAUGUUUUCUCUUCGAAAUUGUGUGAAGUCGUGUUAUUUGUGAAUUUUCAAGAGCUCAAUUGAAGAGAGCGCGAGCAAUAAAAGGAACGAUUUGUAAUUCGCAAAACAAUUUUUUUCCUUCCAAUACGAUAUUCGAAUUCAUAGGAUUUACAAGGCCGUGUAUUGUUUUCAAAGCCGAUAUCACAUUACGCAUUGUAUUUUAACAAUUAGCUCUCUAGGAGUUCAGUGCUAUCUUGAGCACAACUUCAACAGAGAGUUUUAAGGGAAAGAUGUCUGCAGAUUCCCCUCGACGCCAGUCUCGUGGCAUAGCUGUGCCCGCAGUUGUUCCGCCUCAAGUUGUGAGUGAUCGUUCGAUUCUGGACUCUGCCAUUGGCUUUAUUAGCGAUGUUACGCUGGUUGCGCAUCAGUCUCAUACAGAGCCGAAAGAUACAAUUAUAUGGGCAAGGUUUGAGACAGCCGCUGAUAUAAGCGAUCCCUGCUGCGGUGUUGAUUGGGAAAUGGAGGGGAAUGUUGCUCCGCCGUUGCUUUUACUACUCGGGUACGGGCUUGGAGUCCAGGUAUGGGCCAUACCGGCUAACGGCGAGGCUAUUGAAGUGCUCUCAUGGCGUCACGGUAUUGUAUCGACGUUGCGCGUUCUACCGACACCUGCCUCGCGGUCUACGGACGAGCAUGGACGUGCUGAUGAAACGAUGGAUGCAUACGCCGAAAAACGACCUCUUAUUGCAUUGGUGGAUAGCAAUACAGCUUCUACACAGCCACAGUUUUGUACCCUAACUUUUGUCUCCCUCAAGACUGGAAAGCAAGUGAAGACAAUUAAAUUUAAGAAUCCAAUUCUUGAUGUACUUGCAAAUCGUUCAUCUUUGGUGGCUGUAUUUCAUGAACGUAUAGCCGUAUUCGAUGCACGAACUCUGGAAGAUCGACUUUCUAUAACUACGUGCUAUCCGAGUCCAGGCAUUAAUCCAAACCCUGUGGCUCUUGGACAACGUUGGCUAGCAUAUGCUGAGCAAAAGCUGAUUCCGUCAAAACGCAGUGGCGGCGGUUGGGAUGGUGAGGGCAUCGCCAGCUAUACUGCCACUGUACUAAAUGCCGCAAAAUCUUUUGGCAAAGGGUUGCGUGAGCUUGGUGAACAAGUAGCAGCUGGAUUAACUGGAGCAUCUAGUGGCGGUAGUAUAUCAAAAAAUAGCAGCUUCGAUUCCAGUACUGGUGUUGAAGCCAAACAACCGGGAAUUGUUACAAUCAUAGAUAUAGAGCAAACUGUGAAAGACUACAGCCCCACCUCGACCACAUCUGCAUCUGGUGUUAUAGAUAAUGAGCUCAUCGUAGCGCACUUUAUAGCCCACUCAGAAGCUGUAGUAGCUAUGGAAUUUGACAAUUCUGGCAUGCUGUUACUUACUGCCGAUCGACGCGGUCAUGAUUUCCACGUUUUCCGUAUACAACCACAUCCAGUAAGUUCUAGCUUAUCGGCAGUACAUCAUCUGUAUGUUCUACACAGAGGCGACACUAGUGCAAAAGUUCAAAACAUUACCUUUUCACUGGAUUCGCGAUGGGUGGCGGUUUCUACUUUGCGUGGAACUACUCAUGUCUUCCCAAUCACACCGUACGGCGGUGCAAUGGGUGUACGAACACAUACUUCCUUGCAUGUUGUCAAUAAGCUGUCAAGAUUUCAUCGGUCUGCCGGAUUGUCGGCAGAGGGGCGGUCGAAUUCACCGAUUUCACACUCGGAAAGUACUACUUUUAUGCAAUCUUUGCAACCUUACCAUAAUACGACUCUACCACCAUUCCCGCGUCCAACAGUAGUACUGGCUUUAGCUCAACUUCGACAGCCAUUUGCACUUGGAUCACCGCCUGGUUCUGCCGGGCUUGUUAUGCCCGGUAAAAUCAGUUCAAGUAAUAGCGGUACAUCGAAUGCUUCACACCGUCAAAGACACUCUUCACUGUCAGAUGACAAUGGAAAGCCUUUGAGUGUGUGUGCUAUUUUCGCAAAAUCCCGUUCUUGGUUACUUGAACCACCAAAUGUCACUCGAGAAGCAUCACAUCGCAUUCAACGUAAGGCAGUUGAUUCGCUCUUCGUAAUGGCCGGCCACGGUGCUCUUAUUCAAUACGAUUUGGAUACAAAACUUGCAUCAAAUAUUGCCAAAGAAAAAAUUUGUGAUGACACUCCAAUUGAACUGGAAGUGGAAGCUAAAGCUCAAUGGAACCUUGGAAGGCGAAGGGAUGGAUCUCAUGAACUGAUGCCUCCAUUAUCAAAUGAUAAUUGGCUAAUAAAGGAUCGGUAUUCUAGCUUAUUGUUGGAUAGUAUACGGCAGUUUGAUGACAUAGAAGAAAAAAAUGAGAGCUGGGUAUCACAAGUAGAAAUAAUAACACACGCCGGACCACAUCGUCGUCUUUGGAUGGGACCACAAUGUGUGUUCAAAACUUACAACACGCCCAGCGGGUCUAAUUUGAAUCAUGUUGAUGUCGAGGCCGUAGAAAUUGGAGUAUCCAAGUCAACAUCUGCCGCUGCGGCUAUACGUUCGCAUCCGCUAAGUAUGCCCGUCACUGCUGCAGCGCGCUGUACUCUGCCGGUACUCAUUGAAUCGGGUUCAUAUAGUAGCAUAGAACAAAGCCCAAAGCUUAUGGAUCGUUUCCGUCAUGAGCACUUGGACUCUGAUUUCGCCAUCGCGCAUGGCGAUUCUCGGCUGAAGGAGGACUUGGCUGAUGCUAUGCGCGAAUCACCAUCAGUGUCCGAAGUCUCCAAAAACAUUGGUCGAUUAGCCUCUGAGGUUGCUUCGUCUGAUAGUGUUUCCUUCUAUGAUGCCCGCACAGAUCCCGAUAAUGGUGAUGAUGAUUCCGAUCUCAGCCCGAAAGCGAUGGCUCCAUAUCCUUCCUCUUUCGCCACGACAUCAGAAUCACUGACUACAAAGAGUACUUGGGAUUUAGAUUCUGAUGUCGAUUGCGACCAAAAUAAGACGACGGCUCGCUUAUUUUCAAAUUCAAUUAAGAGACAAUCUGAAAUAUCUAAACCUUCUACAGCUUCAGUAGAAAACGUGGUAAACCCUCUGGGAACUGUAACGACUGUGAUUUCAGGUAUUUCGACUGAGGUGAAAAAAGACAUUCUGGACGAAGUUGUGUCGCAAUUAGCUGCCGAAGAAUGUAUUAUACAUGAGAAUUGUGAUGAGUCUCUAUUUCGUCCUGUGGUGGCUAUAUUCUGCGACGACAAAGAACGCAAAUUAGAAGAGGAGGCAGCCUUUGAGAAUAAAGAAUUCUGUAAGCCACCGGAACUAAUCAAAAAUAAACUUGUCGUUCCAGUUAUAGCAAAGGAGGUAGAUGCCGAAUUAAUCAAAAGAGAAAAAAUUCAGAAGAGUGGAAAAAUAACACAAAAUUUGAAGACACUAAAUGAUCCUUCACGGCAAAAUGAGAAGCCAAUCGCCAACGUAUUAACUAAUGAAAUUGACAAAAAUCAGCAAAAAGAAAAAUGUAGCGUUAAGCAAAUGCAUAAAGAAUCGUCAUCAAGUAGAAGCCAUUUUCCAGAAACUAAAAUCAAGACAACGGAUCACGGUAAGGAUACGAAUAAAUGUUCCACUGCGGAAGAUUUAAGCAAUAAAGUAAGAGGUAAUGAAACCAAAAAAAGCUUUAAAAACAUCCCAUCCUUGGAAGAAGAAGCAAUAGAAUUCAAAAGAAUGACCCCUUUACCUGUAAUAAAGAAUCGAACCCAACCAGCUCUUUCGGAUGUUAAAAUAAGCAAUAAGCCUGAAAUUACAAAAUCGGAUAAAAAAAAUCGUGACGAAUCUAAAAAGUUUGAAAUUGAAAAGAUGAAACAUACAGAAUCCAAUCCUGAGGUUCAUGAAAAUAAAAUCAAUGAGUCACCUCAAAGUUUAACGUUGUCAAAAUCAAUAGAAUCCUCAGAGACGUUAAAUCCACCAGAACUGCACACAAAAUUAAAUACAGUUUGUAAAACAAAACAUUCCGUUAACACUUCUCAGCAAAAGACAAAAAAAGUGUUGGAAAUGGAAAAUAAUGUUAAAAGCAUAGACAAGUCAGACAAUCUUUCAGAUAAUCUCGUAACAAAGAGCGUUUAUUCAAGUGAAGAGACAAAUUUAAAGUCUGAAAAUCUAAUGGAAGAUACAACUACGAACGAGAGCGCUCACAAAAAUGCGAACACGGAUAUUCAGAAAAAAUGUUCGCUAAGCGAUGUGCCGCCGUCUUUAGAUGCGAAACCAGCAGCUAAAGAAAACGAUAAGAAUUUCGAUGGUGAGAGGAUAUAUACUAUUAAAAUCAUUGACACAACCGAAGCAAAGAAGCAAAAUGACCCAGCAAAAACCAAAGCAUUUGAAAAUAAAACUUUGCAGGACGUAAACAACAAACAGAACAAACACAAAAAAGUUGAUUCGAAAUCAAGUCCUGCGGUUGUUAUAUCGCCCAAAAAAGGAUCAACAAAAGAGCAAAGAGACUCAAAUAAAACUUCAAAUACACAGCCAGAAUUUGAUAAUUUAAGCGAUGCUGUAUUGGAAAGUACCAAAGUUGUUGGUAGUAAAUCCAAAAAUAUGAAAUCGAAAUUAGCCUUUGAGAAUACUAUAGUGUCUUGUCCAGCUGAAGCUACACCAAUGAUUUAUAAAUAUUCAAUUGCAAAGGACUCGGUUGAUGGAGUUAAGAAAAGUGAUAACAGAAAGUCCGAACAAGACGUAAAUUAUGAUGCCAUCAAUGAUGAGAAAAAAGAAUUGCCUUCGUUGAAUGUGAAAUCUGAAAGUUUUCCUAGCGCACAGCUCGAUAUGCCUAUGAAUUCGGUAUGGAAAAUUGUAAGUAGUGCCCCUAGAGUACAGCCAAACAUUGAAACUGUUGAUAAUUACCCAAAUUUGGGAGCUAUUGGCAAAAAUAAAAAGGCAGUUAAAAAUAAGGAGAGCAUAACAGAGCACACCGAAAGUAACAGAAAAAGUGAGGACAAAUGGUCUCCAAGUUUCGAAGGAUUUUCUGCACUGCAACCACUGGAAUCUCUGCCUCCUUUACCAACUUUAGAGCCCUUAGACAUGUCGCCCUAUUCAACUCUAUUAAAAGAAAAAAACACUAAACUGCCUACAAAAGCCAAAGAUAAUUUAGCAGAGCAGUUGAGUUUGAUUAACUUUGAUAGUCCAUUACAAGAAAAUCCAAGACAUGAUCGAAAAUUGCCACCAGCGCUCAGUCAACAAAAUUUAAUUUUCGCUUUAUGCGGAUCGUUGCACUACGAAAAUGAUAAUGUCAGCGAUGAUGAUAAACCACCAACAGAACAUCACAUAACAACAAAUUCGGGGAUUGGAGAGCAGUCAACAGCGGAAUAUAAGUUGCUUAACGAGAACGAGGAACAAUAUUUAAGUUUGGAGCAAAGUUCCCAAGAGACUAAUACAACCAACACAGCCACAACAAAUGAAAAAUGUUCAAGCUCAGCAAAUUCUUCUGCGUCAGAGGAAAUAAUUGUAAUUGAAGAGAAAAAACUAAGCAAGAAACAGCGUCGGAAGAGGCAACAAGUAGAGUCACGUAAGCAGCAGGAAGAGUCCGUGACUCGCGACGAUGAUGAAGAGUUGCGCCCAUUAAUUGGUAUGACAGAUUCUCAUUUAGAAGCUGUAGCAGCAAGUAAUAGUAAUGUGCCAUCUUCGUCGUUAUCUAGUUUAAACAGUAAAGAUGUUCAAAAGCGAAAUUGUAGUAUCUUAAAACCAAUCAAAGUUGCAAGUGCUUCGCCGCUAGCCCAUUCUACAACUACUACAACGGACAGCGAAGGCCCGAUUCCUGUAACUACUUCUGACGACAAUAUUUUCAUCUUACCAUCGUGUACAGCAGUUACUAACGCACCCAUGAAACAGAAAACAAAGAGACUGGAACAUAAAAUAAAUCUUAUGGCUGCGAUUGAUGCUGCCACAUCAUCCUCAACAUCUUCGGCCGAAGAAAGUAACAUGGAAACGGAGAGCCGCAGAACCGUUUCUGAUCCGGAAAUACCUAUUCCAGGAAUAAGCACGUCGCAGGCUCAAGCAACUGCAACCAACGGCAGUUUAGUUACACCGUUAUGUACAACAAAGAAGAAAACAAAACGCCGUAAAAGAUAAGAAUUAGCCCUCUGUUUGUUUUGUAUCUCUUGUGUAGUGAUUACAUAUUAUUUUUAUAUUGUAUACUACACUGGCAAUAGUAGUAGAGAUAGAGUUUUAGUCACUGGUGGUGCUUAACAGGUAUCAAAAUCGAUAUAACAGGAAAAAGAAAACAAAAAUGCUAAAAACACUUAUUUGGUUCAAUUUUUUUUUCAAAGGUUCAAUCGCCUUUAUUGUAUAAUUUACGAUUUCAAUCACACAAACGAGCCUGCUUAUAUCGACACAAUGUACAAUAAGCCUAAUAAACAGAAAGAAAAUUUACAUAAUAGCGUAAUUCCAUACAAAAUUUCAUAAAUCCCAAUAAAUCCUGAAAAUAACCAUAAAAAAAUGCACUUAUAAGUUUAUAAAUAUUGGACUAACGGAAAUAUAGAAGUUUUAUAUAAAAAAUUGGAAAAAAAUAAAAAUAUUAAACUAGAAACAUAAUCGGCAAAUUAAUUUAGAGAGAUCGGAAGCACCAACUAAAAUACUUUGUAAAUUUGUCAAAAAUAUUAAGUAUGAUAAUUGAUAAUUUUGGUUUUGUCAAUAUAAAUUAGUACCGCAUUCUGCGUGUUGCAACGGAAAGUUAUCGACACUUUGUUUAGUUAUUUGAAUCGCGAUAUCCUAAAAAAUAUAAAUGUAUAACUAUCCAGUAUAUUUGUAUGACAAUUUUUUAGUUACUCUGCAACAAUUGUAUACCAAUCAAUAAUACACACAUAGGUAUAUAUAUACAUAUAUAUAUAUAUAUAUAUAUGUAUAAUAUAUAUAGAUGUCCGCUUUAAAAUUUUUUGUACUUGUUUUGAUUUCCCUAGUAAUUGAUUGACAGUUAAUAAAAUGUUCAAGUCGCAAAUAAAGAAUAUAUAAAAAGGAAUAGAAGUUGUAAAUAGGUUAAUCCAAUGUAAUAUUAAACUGACUUUAUUAAAUCACAAAUAUUAUAAAUAAAAAUAAAUCUAAGUUCGUUCUUAUUGAGAACGUUGAACGUCAUCUAAAUUAUGUAGAACCUCUAUCUAGAAUCUAUUUUAAAGCAACUGUGUUGAAAUGCAAAUUGCUUCCUGUUUCAGUGUACAUUGGGCGUACUCUAUUACUUUUCGCUAAGGGAUAUAAGGCGAUAUCGGCUGCAAUUUAAAUUGAUCAUCAUAAAGUCUUUAACAGCGGGAAUUGGCGAUUACUUAGAAAAAACGUAUUUUACGGUUUUUCUCUACUUAAAAUACGCUGAACAUUUCCGAGUAAAGUCGCAAUACUUGGCCUGGUCUAUUCUCCUUCUAUUUGGGAUAGCGCAACUGCUUCGAUUAAAUAAUAACCUUGAAUUUUGGGAGUUUUUCGAGCUAUAGCAAAAUGUGACCUUGUAACUUUUCAGCCCAUGUCAGCCCAUGUGUUAUAUUUUAAGUGAAUUACUUUCAUGAGUGUUUCAAGCAAACUUUAAUUCAUUGGUUAUUUUAUUAUAUUUCGACUUAACACAUCGUGUUUGUCUUUCAACACUAGUCUGAUUGCAGAUCCGACUGAAGGCGGCAAUUAUGCAGACACUUCAUAUUUAUAAAAAGAUUUAGCGGGCAAAAACUGUCAAUAAAGGUUCAACGCACUCACUAUAAUGCGGCUUUAAAGUUUCCUACCUUAUAAAUAAAGUGUUCGAUGUAAAAUUCAAGCAAUUCGCAAGCACUUUUAAUAUUUCACGUGCGCAAAACUAUAACAAACCAGGAAAGAAAAAUCGCUAAUUAUUUAUCAUAAUUUAUGGAGUUCAAAUACAGAUACUAAUCAAAACAGUUACUUUAUUUUUCGCGAUUUUGACAAGUCUAAGGUCAGGUCCCUUGCCAAACCCAAACAAAAGGAGGAGAAUUUACAUGUUUGUGAAAAUUAAGUGAUUGGCUUGGCAAUGUUGUGAUUUUUGAGAUUUAAAUUAACAAACGAAUGGAAACGAUGUGCCGCGUGAUUGUGAAAGCACGGAUGACGCCGUGGCAAGAAAGUAUGUAUGUAUAAGUUUUGUAUUUGGUUGUUUCCAUUACUUUGUUUUGUUUGUUUCCAUUACUUGUUUGUUUGUUCAUGGAGCCUGACGACACAGCGAAUUCGUAAUACGCAACUUUGUAUGCUAUAAUUCCUUGGUACUAAUGCAUAAUGCAAUAUUUUCAUUGAAUUUUUCAGCAUCCGAAAACCUCUAAAAUAUAUGUCGUCUGGUUAGAUUCGGAUGAAUUUGAAGAAAUUUCCCGAUUAGCGUUACAUUCUCAUUUGACGGCUAACAUGCCACGCGCAGGUAUAGAAAUUUCGAAAAUUCGCUAUCGACAUGUUGAACGUCUUUGCGUACGAAUGAUUGUGAUUCUCUGAAUGCAAAUGCAUGUAACAGUUUAAUGGAUAUUAUGUUUUAUACACCAUUUGUUAAAAUAAGAACAUCCGAGUUUUUACAGUAUUCAUUUCAAAAUCAAAUAAAAAUAUCUAUUAAGGCCGGCGGGCCAAUUAGAUGUCCUAAAUUCAGUAGUUUUCGCGAAGCGUUGUAGGAUGAGAAAAAAAACAAUUAGCCAAAUAGUAAUAAUAGUAAAAUAGAUAGUUUAAUAUAUAUUUGAACUAAAAAAAAAAAUUUGUACAAUCUCCAACAAUAUAUUGUAAGCCGAGUUAUCAAUAGAUUCCCAGAGCGCCUUGCCACUGAAGUAUCCAACUUCUGUACAAGAUACAGCUUGCAAUUUUCAUCUGAAAACAAAAAAAAAAAGAUUAUUAAUUUUGAUGUAAUUAUCUUCGAUGUGAACUAAGAAAAUUGGGAGAAACACGUAAAAUUCGAAUUUUUGGGGAAGGUAGAAAAAAAGUGGGUUUUCAAGGAAAAAAAAACUCUUCAACUGGGUAAAAAAGUCGCUUAAAAAAAGUUUUUGGAUGUUUUUUUUAGUUCACAUAGAAGAGAAAACAAUACUGAAGAUAACGCAUUUUGAAUGAAAUGGAUAGCUCGUUUAGUUUUUUUGCAAUCGUGUACAUAAAUUAGGUAAAAUCGUGAAAAUGAAAAGCCGAUAAACAAACACUUACAGAGACGUGCACAGAAACAAUACACUACAACAAUAAGCGCACGGUUGCUCGACGCCGCACUACGCUCGGCUCUGUAGCUCUGCAAAUACUUGGAAUUUAACUCUGAAAAUUUGUGUCUCAUGUUCUUGAAUAUCUAAACUAUUGAUUUCAGGAAAAAAAAAAUGAUUUUUUUGACCUUUUAAUUGGCCCGCCGGCCUUAAUAAAAACCUAGUAAUAGCAAUGUCUCCUAGUUAAGUCCAACAACACUUGGACUUUCUUGACAGCAAUCGGAAAUAUAAAGCAAAAUAGAAUAGUUUCAGGUAAAACGUAAAUCGAAAGCAAUCAUUUAAAUGCGCGGAUUGCCAUUUUAAUUUUUUUUAUCUUUACUGUUGUAGUGAAGAUAUUCGAAAUUUUCUUUUCUGUCUGGAAUUUUCAGCUUUUUGCUCCAAGUAAACGAAAAAGAAAAAUAAAAUACGGAAACUGAUGUCGGAAAAUUGUUUCUUAUGGAGCUUUUUGUAACUAUCCGCUUACUUCCAAUAUCAAGUGAAGAAAGUUUUAUGAAAUAUUUAUUGAGAAUUUUGGUUUGACGUACAUAUAUAUAAUAUUUUAAAUACUUCUACUCAGCACUUACCAUUAUUUGGUCGCUUUAAACUUAUUUUACACAAACGCAAUUCAAAAUAUUUUUAUUGGUUUCAUUAUUGUGGUCUAUUAAACCAAACUUUUUGAAAUUUGAAUGUAUGUAUGUAUGUGUAAUAUACGGACGCAUUCGAUUUUAUUAUG